CUCAAGGCAUUGGGUGCUCAUGCGGCGUCUCUGACCACCUCGAUGAACGGACCUAGCAUCCGCCCCAAGAGCAGCCAAGAUCUUACUGAUGCGUCUAAGUGGGCAAUGGGCGACUUGUCGCAGUUCAAGCAAAUCAUGCAGGAAGUUGAGCGAGACCUGGUGGCCUGGGAGGCUGCGCACGCGACUUGCAUCUCGGGUCUGCGAGAGCUGGAGAGCGAGAUGAUGAAAGCGGACAUGCGCCACGAGGAGGCUGAGCGGUUCAGCAGGGCUUCGAGCGAUGCGAACUUCGCGCGGAUGUUGAAGACCAGGGCGCUGAACCCCGACCACCUGGAGACUCAGUCGAAGCUCAGACGGGAUAUACGCACCAUGCGAGGGCGGGUACAACAGCUCGAGGAGUACAUUCAGGUGUCCAAGAAGAAGCUGAACAGCCUCAAGACCGGCAAACCGACUCUGAAGCCACCCACCCUCGACACGAUCAACCGGACCUACCGAAAUAUCGACAUAGCCAUAGACCAAGAAGAGACCGAGGUUUCCGAGCUCGUCAACCGCGUCGCCGUGCUCGAGUUGGGCGCCGAGCCUCUGUCCGGCCUGCACCGCUCUACCUCGUCUCGCGACAAACGGCUGCCAGACCGCGGCUCGCGCGUCGGCCGGGAGGUGACGCCCAACAUCGCGGCGUCGACCGCGGCGGCCCUCAACGCCGAGCGCAGCGCGCAGAAGCUCAAGAAGGUCCUCCUCGCCGCCCGCGCGAAGCCGCUGCUCAACACGACGGCCGUCGACGCGAUGCCGCUCAAGCGCGACAAGGCCAAGCGGCGCGCGCCGAUGCUCGGCGCCGAGUCCGGCGCGGACGUCAGCGCCGCGUUCUUCGCAGGGCUCGGCGCCGGCGCGUGGGGCCCGCUACCGCCGUUCGAGCCCGAGUUCGAGCCGGCGGGGGCGCAGCCGGCGACAGGCCUCGCCUCGCGCAACCGCAAGCAGCCGCGGCACGCGAAGCCCAUCCAGACGAGCGGGCCGAAGCCGCCGCCGCCGCCACCGCCGUCGGGGUUCAGCUGGGGACCGGUGCCGGUGGUCCAGCCGAAGACGACGAUCUCGGUGUUCACGGAGCUGAGCGCGAACAGGAAGGGGAAGGCGAAAGCGGAGGACCCGGACGGGCUGGGAGGUUCGUGGGUCGCGGACGGGUUUGAGAAGUGA